AUGUCCUCAUCGUCUCCAAAUGUCUGCAUGUGCCGUCAGCUGACCAUCUUCAACAGCCAGGCGUUCAUCAAGAUCGGCGGUGGGGGAGGAGGUGGUGGGGGAGAGAAGGGCCGCCACUUCCAGGGCCAGAUCUCGGGUCUUUACUACAACGGGCUCCAGGUGCUAAAGCUAGCCGCCGAGGGGGACCCCAACGUGCAGACCCAGGGGAACCUCCGCCUGGUGGGGGACGUGCCCUCGGUGCUCACCACGGACACCACCUCCACCACCCCGCUGGCCGACAUGUCCACCACCAUCAUGGAGACCACCACCACCAUGGCCACCACCACCACCCGCAAGCAGAGAUCGUCGCCCACCAUCAGGGACAGCGUCACACAGAUCUGGGUCAUGGAGAAGACUCAAAACAUUCUUAUUCUCGUCUUUGCUGCCAUUGCCAACUCCAGCGAUAGCCAUCAGAACGUUCCCAGGCCCUCCCCCAUCCUCGGCACUGCUCUGAGCUACCUCGCCACGGUGCGGCCCGGCUUUGAUCACGGCGGAAUAACGCGUUUGAUGCUUAGAAUAAAAGAUGUAGCGUUUGAUGUGCGGCGAGAGGGAGGUGGUAGGAGUGGUGGUGCAGGAACUGUCGGAGUCAUCACUUGUCUCCAGCCUGACCCAAAUAACGCAGACGACUUGUUAGUAGCAUCAGCAGAAUGCCCCAGCGACGACGAGGACUUGGAGGAGUGUGAGCCUGGAAACGGAGGUGAAUUAGUGUUGCCCAUAAUAACCGUGGACUCCUUAGACCCCCCUUCCAUCGCCACUCGCUACCCAGUCCUCCCCCCGCCCCCCACCACUUACCGCCCCUUCCUCACGCUGCUCGAAACCACCAAAGAGUCCCUGCCCCUGCCCAACGGCCGGCCCCCUUGCCCCUCCGACCAGGACGACUGCGAGGAGCCAGUGGAGGUCUCGGCGUACGGUUCGGGGGAGAUGACCGAAUCAGACGACGAGGACUAUUACAAAAACGCCAUGGUCACCGACAGGACGGUCCUCCCCCCGCCGCCCGCAGCCGAAGGGAACGCAGUGGUAGUUGGGGCGCAAAACCCGAACCCGCGAGAUCGCCACUCCUCCCGGUCACCCAAUUCCAAAGUCCCAUCCACUCCCACCGCCAAGCCAGACCAGCUUAGCCCGCGCCUCAAAUCCAAUAAUAUCCCAGCGGGUAAAAUGAAUACCCGAGAUCAGGUUCUGCUCCCUCCGGCUACGAACCCGUCUGCGUCCGAUCCAGGGCAUCGCAGAAUCCCAGGUAUCACUCACCCUCCGAAUUUCCCACAUGUUCCCACUCCAGAUCCCACGUCCCCGGAGAGAGGGCUUCCAGGAGCCGUGGAGGUCCAGCAGUCGAGCAGCACAACGGGAAUGGUGGUGGGAAUCGUAGCGGCGGCGGCAUUGUGUAUCCUCAUCUUGCUCUACGCCAUGUACAAGUACCGAAACCGUGACGAGGGCUCCUACCAGGUGGACCAAAGCCGUAACUACAUCAGCAACUCGGCCACGCAAAGCAACGGCACCCUGGUCAAGGAGAAGCAGCCCGGCACGGCCAAGGCGGUCACCAAGAACAAGAAGAAUAAGGAUAAGGAGUACUACGUGAGGAGGAGAGAGGAGGGACCAGGAGAGAGGAGGGAGGAGAGACCAGGAGGAGGGGAGAGGAGGGAGCAGAGGGAGGAGGAACCAAAAGGAGGAGAGAGGCAAGAGGGACCAGGAGAGGACACAGAGGGAGAUAUAGAGACCAGUGAUAGAGGUGGGAUUAGGAGAAGACAAGAGAGAGAGGAGGAGACAGCGAGAGACCAGGGGGAAGAGAGAGGAGGGUCCAGGAGGAGAGAGGAGGGUCCAGGAGGAGAGAGGAGGGACCAGGAGGAGGAGAGAGGAGGGUCCAGGAGGGACCAGAAGGAGGAGAGGAGACCGGAGGGACCAGGUGGAGGAGAGAGGAGGGACCAGGAGGGACCAGAAGGAGGAGAGGAGACAGGAGGGACCAGGUGGAGGAGAGAGGAGGGACCAGGAGAGGAGACAGAGAGGGAGACAUAG